CUACCAAAUUAAGCAUACUACUAAUUACAAGAUUCUUUACUUCCACCAUCGAUUUUGUCUCAAAAUCCAACACCCAUACUUUCAUAUUUUCUUAAUUCAUUACAUUAAAACCAACUAACCAAAAUUCUCCCUAGUCCUACCUCUCAAAAAUUUCAAAAAAUGUGUCACCCCAACACCUUCACAACCUACAUUUUCUCUAUUAUACUCAUCAUCUUAACCUUUGUCACGUUAACCUCCUCCCAAUCCUCCCUUUGCAGGACCUCCUGCGGAGGGAUUCCGAUAAACUACCCUUUAACGAUCGACGAUGGUUGCGGUAGCCCAUACUACCGCCACAUCUUGGUAUGUUUUGGAGACGUCCUCCAGCUCCGGACCCCCUCAGGAAGGUACCCGGUUAAGGCGAUCAGCUAUUUGGAUUCCCACAUUUUGGUCUUAGACCCGCUUAUGUGGGCGUGCAAGGAUGAGGACCGGUUUCGCCCCACUAGGCCUUUUAGCCUGGAUAGUAGCACCCACUUGUCUCUCUCCAACCAGAAUGAGUAUCUCUUCUUCAACUGCAGCCCAGAUAAGGUCAUCAUGGAGCCUAGGCCGAUGUUUUGCGAGAGAUUUCCUGACCGUUGUGACACAACAUGCGAUCCCGCAAGUUACUUAUGCCGGCAUUUCCCGCAAUGUGCACCCAAUAAUAAGGCCUUAAGAGACCUCUCUUGUUGCUCCUACUACCCCAAGGCCACCGAUUCCUUAAGGAUGAUGCUCAAGCAUUGCGCUACUUACACUAGUGUUCAUUGGAACGGCGUUGGCGGCCUCGGCACCUCUCGACCCUAUGAUCAGGUGCCUGAGUAUGGCGUGAGGGUCGACUUUGAUAUCCCUGUUACGUCGAGCUGCCUUCGCUGCCAAGACGGUGCCAAGGGUGGUGGUACUUGUGGGUUUGAUACUGCAAACCAGGACUUCUUAUGCUUGUGCGAGGAAAAGAAUGUUACUACUUAUUGUAAAGAUCAUCAAGUUAAAACACACAGUGGACAUGGAAGAGCAGUUGCAGGAACGGUGACAGGAGCUUCAAUUGCAGGAGGAAUAGGCAUUGGAGCGGGCAUAUGGUACUUGAAGAAAGUAAGAGCAAAAGCACCAGUUACACAUGGUGUCCAAACCAAUGAGAAUAGAGUUUUCUAGUAAAAUUAUGAAUAUUUACUAGCAUUAGCGUAUUAUGCCUUCAUAGUUCAUGGUAUUAGUGUGCAGCAAAAAAGAAAACAACAUUUUUGGUCCCAUUUCUUAUUCCUAUAUGUACAAUCUAUUAGAAAAGUAUAGUAUAUAUCAUAUGAUAUAAUAGUAGCUAUUUUGUAAUUGAAUUGCUCAAUGGUUAGGUUGAGAUGAUACGUGGACCAAUUUUUUUAUUUUUGUGUAUGUUUGUUUGAUAAUGCACGCCAAUGAUCAUUAAUAAUUAUAGUAGUUAGUGACG